CUACGGCUGUUCCGUGACUGGCAUUAAUCAUCCUCGGUUUACUUAUUAGGUAGAUUUUAGCGGACAAUAGACUUUCGAUGCCAUUGCGCAGCAGACAAAGAAAAAACCUUUUACUGUUUUUUUUGGUGAUUAUMAUAGGUCAACGGCAAUGAUUUUGUAAUUGCGUAAGGAUUUGUAAUUGAAUUGUCGACUGAGAGUGAGUCGUACGGGGGCAGCGAAUCUCAUUAACAAGUCCAGUUCGCCAGCCACCAACGCUAUUGUAGCCCACGCUGAAAGAAGUGAGCCCUGCACAGCUCUGAUAAACAACUGGAGGGAAGCGAUAAGCYCUUUUGUUUGYUAGGUAAACAGAAUUCAUCUGAUACAAAGCAAAGCAUACUAUUAUUAUCACUUAAUUAUCCAAUGAGCGACUUUACACUYCUCUACCAAGUUGAAUAACAUCCACAACAAGCACUCGUCGAAGUCCAAGAUGAGUCAAGUACUGCAGCAAGCGCAACAGCCGAAACCUCUUACUAUAAAGAUCGUCAUGUUAGGAAAACUUGGCGUUGGAAAAUCAGCUAUGACGGUGCGAUUCCUCACCAAAAGAUACAUAGGAGAGUACGACCCUAAUAUCGGUUCUAUAUACCGGCAUUCCAUUAAACUUGAYCAAGAGAACGUGAAUGUUGAGAUUCUUGACAGCGGUGGUGAGGACUGUUUUGGUACAAAAGACAGCUGCCUGUUAUGGGGAGAUGCUUUCAUUUURGUUUACGCCAUUAACGAUAGAGAUAGCUUCGCAAAAAUCUCUUUCAUUAAACAACGCCUUGAAGAAAUUCGAAACCACGACGAUCCUCCAUUGCUAGCUCUUGUUGGCAACAAGAAAGAUCUGGAAAAUGAACGACAAAUAGAAACAAGCGAACCUGUUGAAYUUGCAAGUACGUUUGAAUCACCUUGCUCCGUCUGCGAAAUCUCAACCUUAUCAAGUUUUGACGAAGUAGAGGAAGUCUUUGURAGUUUAACAAGGAAAGCAUUAAAAGAGAAACAGACGCGGCAGGCCGUCAAGAAACGACCAUACAAUAAAAUUAAAGAGCGAAUGGACAAACACAUAGCCAGGAAAAGAGCCAUGUCAAGUCUUAAAGAAACCAUAGAUGAAUACUACGUCGCUCGAAGUGAUCAGGAUCUGGACACCAGGGAGCGAAGCGACACUUGUGAAUUUUGAAUAAUCGACUGAAGGAUAUGUAAAUAAUGUGUAAAUGAUUUUGUAUGCCAUCGAGUUGCGUGAUUGCCAAAAUAAUUUCGAGACUUUCAAGGGUUUGUUAACGCAAUUAUAAUUUUGAUAUCAGAACACUGCUUGGUACGUAAGGUCCAUCAUACUUUGCGCACUUCCAAUUUGUAUCCCAUCAAGCUCUGCGCUCAUUUUGGGGAUCGUAACGCUUUGGAGUUCAAAGUCCUAUCGUGAUGCAGCAAGACUUAAUUGGUUUCAAUUGUUUUUAAACAAAAAUUCGGCUUUAUAUUUGUUUGUUUUGACGAAGUGUAUCAUCAGGGCGUGUCCAGGAUUUUCAUUGCAACAUGAUGCCAUAUCUAUGGUUUUCACGCUUUUUGGCUUUGAAAGGGGGGGGGGGGGUCAUGGCCACCCUGU